AUGACGUCUCCCACCACCCAUGGCAACCCCUCUGACCUCCUCCCCACCCAUUUCACAACCGAUAUAACCCGCUGGCUGGCCGAAGACACCCCCUCCUUCGACUACGGCGGCUUCGUCGUCGGCUCUUCGAUCCGCAACGCCUUCCUGCUCUGCAAAUCCCCCGGUAUCCUUGCGGGUGUGCCCUUCUUCGACGAGGUCUUCCGCCAAUGCGACUCGACUGUCACCUGGCACUAUGCCGAGGGGACCUACCUGGACCCCUCGCAGCGGGAAGGAGAAGGAGGCGACAGGAUCAAAGUGGCUACGGUGACUGGACCAACACGAAAGCUGUUGCUGGGGGAGAGGGUGGCGUUGAAUAUGCUGGCUCGGUGCAGCGGGGUGGCAAGUCAGUCGAGGAAGAUGCUGGAUUUGGUGAGAGGGGCAGGGUAUACAGGGAUCAUUGCCGGGACGAGGAAGACGACGCCUGGAUUCCGGUUGGUGGAAAAGUAUGGGAUGCUGAUUGGAGGCAUCGAUGGGCAUAGGCAUGAUCUGAGUUCGAUGGUGAUGUUGAAGGAUAAUCAUGUUUGGGCGAAAGGGUCCAUCACGAAAGCUGUCCAAGCUGCUCGCGCUGUCGGGGGGUUUGCUCUCAAGAUCGAGGUUGAAUGCCAAUCUGAGGCGGAGGCGGAUGAGGCGAUCGAGGCGGGAGCUGAUAUCGUCAUGUUGGAUAACUUCGAUGGUCCCGGCUUGCAAAUUGCAGCGAAGAGUAUCAGGGAACGAUGGAAGGGUAGGCGAGAGGUGUUGCUGGAAUGCAGCGGAGGCUUGACAGAGGCCAAUGUUCGAGAAUAUGUCAAUAAUGAUAUCGAUGUUAUUUCAACGAGCUCCGUACAUCAAGGUGUUCCCCACGUGGACUUUUCGCUCAAGAUCGAACAUUGA